AUGUGGUCUGUCCGAGUCGCCCAACACGACGCCAAGUACUGUUCCGUCAUCCAAUCGACUUUUACUGCACUCGAACACCUGGACAUCUAUGUCUCCUACUCCCGCACCACCAAGCCUCAUAUGGCUGCAUACUCACACAUGAACCUUGACGCAAUUUUCAGCAUUGGGUACGCACUCGAGCACCGAUUCAACCAGCUAACUCUCACUGUUAUGACAGAGGAGCGCCAGGACUUGGAGCGGCUGGCCUUUCCCGGCAUCAUAUCGAGUAACGAUAACACGUUCGAUGACAUCCCUGAGUUGGAGGGUGGUGGGUUUGUGAUCGAUGGCGUUACCUCGACAAAGCUGACGCACCUCGACCUUGCGGACAUGCGUCUGUCGUUGGAGGUGAUCUGUCGACUCAACAGAUAUUUCCCAAACCUCGAGAGGCUGACUGUUGGAGGACGGAACCUUACAGAGCCAUUGUCGGAUCAACAAAAUACUGACUUUGUUGCGACCCCCCUCUCUGUCAAGUCGUUCGCGCUCCACUUUGGAACUGUAGACGAUUUGUUGGUACUCCUCCCGUUGAUGGUACUUGAUCUUGCUGGAUCUGAGUCGAGGGACGGAAUCGAUUCAAAGCAGUUUACUUUCACAGAGCUGAAACACGGUAUUAUGAAGCAGAUGGAAAUGAUCGCGCGUCUUCGAGCCAAGUGUCUCCAAGAUCUCGAAUGCCUGACGCUCAAGUGCCACUCCGCAUGGGCGUUUCUGAAUUUUGCGCCAGGAAACGUCUCACCUCAUCCAUCCAUUUCCCUGAGCACUCUCGAACUUGGAGUUAUUAAGACCAAACUUCAGUAA